UUUACAAAAGAAUGUUCCUGUUUUUUUUCUCUACACGUGCAACUCCACGCGACCGAUGUGCAGGAGUUCGUCGGUGUGGCCGACGACAUUUCUCGUACAAAUGGUAAAACCCAGCAGAGAUUUACAAAAAAAAAGAAAAAGUGGAGAUCCUUUCGUAGGGGUACAAUCUCUCAAAGUCCGUCGAAGACGAUACUGUACGCUCUUUUUGACAUUGGCGUCAAGGAAGAGAUUCGAACUCUCGCGGGAAUAGCCCACAUAAGGAGAAAGCAGUAUCACGAAGGGGGCUUGCCGUUGGCCAUGAUGAACAUCGGAAGCAACCAAUCAGGCACGGAACUGGUGUCGAUUUUCGUACCCUCCGGCAAAAUCUUGGGGAAGAGGUAGGUCGGGAGCAGGAAACGGAGAGAUCGGAUGGAGGGCGGCGUGUCUCCUCCGACGUCCGUGAAGCCGUACUGCUUGGCUAGCUCGGCCACGAUUUGCACCUUGCCAGUCUUCUUUAGGAUCUCGGGAUCUGCCGCGAGCGCCGCCACCGCCCGGCCCGUGAAGAAAGGUGUCUCCAUCGGAGAGCUCAACGCGAUUCCUGUAUUCGCCUCGAACUCUGCAGGGUUCUUCGUCAUCAAGCUCUUCAUCUUCUCUGUUUUGACGAUCCCAGGGUACACGGAUACCACGGCCACUUUCUCCUCUUCCAGCUCUAUCGCCAUGUCCUUCGCCAGACGGUCAACCCCCGCCUUCCCCACGCCGUAGGCCACGUUGAACGAGUAGGCCAGGCCGCCGAACGAGCUCACGCAGGCGAUCAGGCCCGGCUUUCCGCCCCGAUCCUUCACCGACUUGAUCAUGAGGGGCGCCGCGAAGCACGAGGCCAUGUAGUGGCUCCUAAGACCCACGGUUAUCAGAGAGUCCCACGCGUCCGCCCCCUGCGUCCAGAACUUGGCCUGGAGUUGAUCGCCCGGGCCUAACGCGAAGGCGUUGUUUACGAGGAUGUCCAGCCUGCCUUGCUCCGACUCCACCCUCUCGAACAACGCUUUCACCUGUUCGUCUUUAGCGUGGUCACAUGCAACAGGGAUCCCUUUUCCGCCGGCGGCCUCGAUUUCGGCAGCGGUCUCCUCCAAGCUUCCCCCUAUUUCCUUGUCCGUUGUAUUGCCCCCAACAGAUCGGCCUGUAACGUAGACCGUGCACCCACGCUGUCCGAGUGUCACCGCUAUCCCCUUCCCGAUGCCUCUGGACGACCCCGUCACGACUGCAACCUUGCCUCGUAGAUCAUCAUCACCCCCAGCAGCAGCAGCAGCAUCCGAUGAUGCCGCCAUGCGCAGUGGAGCCAAUGAGCGCCGGCGGCAGGUGCUGGAAAUAGGAUGCCUCUGCCGGGUUGCCGCUGAUGGUCUUGAGAGCAUCGAGGUCACGCUGUUGGUGGUGGUGGUUGGUGGUGGCAUCGUAUAGAAGGCGCCUGCUUCUGGCGCAAGAAGGACCACCGUCGCCACGGCAAUCCGACAGGGCUUUCGCAGCAGCAGCAUCAUCAUGGAGUAGAGAGGGGCCGCGGCGAGGACCCUGGAUGAUGAUGAGCAGCCUCACGUGUAUGCUUUGGGCUACAGCCAGCAAGCGCACAACCUGUAUGACUCCUCGCGGCAAGGGGGAGGUGGCACCGGCUGUACUACCGCUGCGCGGGAGACAGGGAAGCUGCUGCGUGCAGCGGGUGUGCCGCCCGACCCGAUGCCCCGUUCUCCAUUCUCCAUGGGUAGCAGAUGCGCAUGUUCGAUUCCCCCGCAUUUUCUAUUUCGCCGCAUUCAUGAGCUACUGCUGUUGUCGUACAUCGUUCUGCCAGCGCUGCCCAGCUUGGCUCGAGGGAAUGAAGGCCGCUCACAGCUUCGGUACAGAUCUCCUUGUGCUCUUAUUGGCUUUGUUCAGUUCCGCGGAGGGGUGGGGCGCGAUCAAAGUACACCAUCCUUACCGCAACCGGGGCGAUCCAGCUGCCCUCCGAGGAAAGCACCCCGUCAGCAGCAUCACGGCCUUUGGCACAGCAGCAGGCACAAAGAAACAGAAGCUCAGCCGGAAUGCGAUGCUUCUAAACAGCAGCAGUAGCAGCAGCAGCAGCAGCCAAGGAGAGAAGGAGAGCGAUUUACGACGGCAAGGUCGAGUCAGACAACGAGGAGAACGGGCCGAAGAACAACAGUACGAUGUAUUGGCCCGUUACCCAGACACGAGCGAAAAGAAAGCGUGGGUGCUAGCAAUACCGCUGGAAGAUGGAGUUGUCAGGGAGGUCGCGGAAGAGCUCGGCGCGCUCAACGCAGCACGUUCGAAAGAGCAGCAGUACGCCGGCGAGAUCAGGACCCACUUUGCAGUUCUCCUGCAGGUGGGAGAUGGCCGCUGCUUGUUGCUCGAGCGCCGGGGGGAGGGCGGCGUGACCGCUUCAGAUGUCCGCCCCUCCGAGGUAAAGCACAGGGCGGUGCGCAGCGAGGCAAGAGUGGCGUCCUCUCUGGAAGAGAUCGCUUCGGGUUUCUUCCGGAGGGAGAGCGGGCGGCAGUUCGACCUCGCCACCAACAACUGCCGGAACUUCGCGCACAACUUCUACCGCGAGUUUUGUGAGGACACGCCGUUCUCUGGUGCAGGCGGCGGCGGCGGCGGCGGCGGUGACGGUGAUGGCGACCAGAAUAAGAGCGACGUUGAGAGCUUCUGCCGCUGGGUAGAACAGAUGGACCGCAAGGACGGCUUGUGA